AUGGAGGAAGCAGUUGUUCCUGGACGUUUUACCGACGUUGCCGAUGAGCCUGAACAAACUCUUUUACCACUCAAAGGAUAUGAAGAGUGCGAUAUAGUUUCCAUUGAAAAAGCGCUGGAACCAGUUCGCGAUUUACUUUAUAAUCUUGAUGCGAUGAUUUAUACGGCACGAAGAAAUAGUCGAAAACCAAGAGAUAACUUAACUGAAGAUGAAUCAGCUGCUAUUCAUUUAUAUACAAUGCAAUGGCCGAAACAACACUCAAGUUUAUAUAAACUACUGAAUGAAAGACUUCGUUCGAUCGAUCGUGAAGGUCUCAAACCAUGGUUUCUUUAUUUAAGAUUAUUUCUAAAUGCAUUGUAUAAACUUCCAUCGCAGGAAACAACCGUUUGGCGAGGCGUUCGAGGAGAUCUGUUUGAUCAAUAUAAAGACAAUCAAAUCUGGUGGGGAGUAAGUUCGUGCACUGAAACAAUGCAAGUUGUGAAGAAAUUCAUCGGUACCGAAGGUAUUCGAACGAUUUUUCAAAUCGAAUGUUUCAGUGGUAAAAUGAUUCGAGAUCAUUCGUAUUACAAAAAAGAAAAUGAGAUUAUUCUCUCACCAGGAUGUUUCUUUCGAGUUGUUAAACGAUACGAAAUAGAAAAGGAUCUAUACAUGAUUGAAUUACGAGAAGAAAAACCACCAUAUGAAACUGUUCCUCCUUUACCUGACGUAUUUAAAACACCAUCGAACGAAGACACUACAGUACGUGUUCCGUACGUCUUGAAUGAUCAUCACACGAUUCCUUGGUCUAACUUAAAAUCUAUCCUACAUAAAUCAUUGCGAUCAAGAAAACAAGUCAUUGAAACAAUAGCUGGUGGAAAUCGAAGAGGUUUCGAUUUGGACCAUUUAAAUAGUCCGCACGGAGUCUAUAUAGAUACAUAUGAUACGAUAUACGUGGCUGAUUAUGAGAAUAAUCGAAUUGUUGCGUGGGAAUCUCGACGAAAGACGAAAAGAAUUCUUGUUGGUAGAAAUCAAGAAAUCAGUCGUCCAACUGAAGUUGUUGUUGAUGAACAGAAUGGGUCAUUGAUCAUUGCUGAUUUGGGUAAUAAACGAGUAAUUCGUUGGUCGAAUGGAAGUCAAGAAAUUCUCGUUGAAAAUAUCGAAUGUUUUGGCUUAGCGAUGGAUACGGAUGGAUUUAUUUAUGUUUCGGAUUGGAAAAGAAAUGAAGUAAGACGAUUAAAGAAAGGUGACACUGAAGAGCGAGUUGUCGCUGGUGGAAAUGGCCAAGGAAACAAUAAGAAUCAAUUGAACUGUCCAGCGUCACUUUUCGUCACUCACAACCAAUCAGUUUACGUAUCAGAUUCGGAUAAUCAUCGUGUUAUAAAAUGGAGGAAGGGCGCUCACGAAGGAACUAUUGUUGCUGGUGGCAAUGGUGUAGGAAAGAAUCUGAAUCAACUAGAAAAUCCGCGAGGACUCUUCGUUGAUCAUCAUCAUCACAUCUAUAUCGCUGAUAACUGGAAUGAUCGAGUUAUGUGUUGGCGCGAAGGCGAUCGCGAAGGUGUAGUUAUUGCUGGGAACACUACUGAUACCAAAGCAGCAAAUUAUUUAUCUUUUCCAGAAGGCUUAGCGUUUGAUUCUGAAGGAAAUCUUUACAUUGCUGAUUUGGGUACUCAUCGUAUCCAAAAGUAUAGAAAUCAUUGA